CGAACACGACGGUAUCUGUCAACGAUCAACGAUCAACGAUAGAAGUUCCACGUAUCUAAUUUACCUCGACACGUCACCAGAUCACCAGCACAAGGCGAGCUAGCAGAAUGGUAGCGAUUCAUCCCAGAACCAACGGGUACCGACUAUUGGAACUUGCUGGACGUCAAUCCAGGGCGUGUGGGCGAACGGAACAUGGAGGUUGGAAGAUCAAAGGACCCACCGCCGAUCACGAGGGAGCAGGGACGCAGGGAAGAGGAAGAGGAAAAAUGUUUUUUUCCCUCGCUCUUUCUUUUCUCGAACAGUCUCUCGUCAGCUCGUCAUCCCUUGGGUCGCUCGCCCUUUCUUAUCGCAACAAGGUCAGGUCGACCUCGAGAUAAAGGACGAACACCUCGACUUUGAAACUCGCAGAGUCAUGUCAUAAUCGACAAAUCUCACGAACAGUAAAAGGACCUCUUGAGGUCUACUUCUACGUAGCAAGUCACCGACCAUGGACCAACCACCCUACCCGGGACCUCCCAACCCUUCUUCGUACUCGUUUCCUACUUCUCAAGAACCCUUUUCGACGGCCCCGUUCGCGAGCAUCCUCGGUCACCUUCCACUCCAGUACCAACAUCACCAACAGUAUCCACAGCAUCAGCGACAGCAUGUACAUUCGACACGAGUGCAUGUGCAAGCCAUGAAGCGACCCGAGAUCUAUCAAGAUACGUCCCGCUACGUGCUGGAAAGGAUGGAGGUGGUAGGGGCAGGAGUAGGAAGCAGGGAGGAUGGAGCGAAAUCCAGGUUCUCGAUAGGGUACUACGGAGACCACCCGGCUGUAUACGCUUCUCGAACUCCAGGAUCGAUCUUCAAUCCGGAUCCGACCCCGGCUUCGAACUCUAACGCAGACCAGAACGUGGACAUGGAGAUGUACCAAAGGCAUGCCAGGCCAAAGAUGAAGACGCAAGCAUAUCCACAACUGGCUCAUUCAAGACCACAACCUCAGCCUGUCCUCAUGCCUCAUCAAGCCCCUUCCCAGGCUUUGUCGGUUGCGACGAACUUUGCGGAAUGGGCUAGGAACUUGCCCUCCCCGCCGCCUUGGACACGUCAAACUGCUGCUGCUGCUGGUGGUACGGGAAGCAGCGAGUCGGGUGACGGCUUGAGAGAGGACGGACGAUGGAAUCAUAGCGGCGAGAACGGCAAUGGCAAUGACAAUGUUGCCGCCUAUGCCAUCACCGAAGCUGGAGUACAGGCCGGGAUGCAGGUUGAGAAUCGACAAGGUUCUGCCCGUAGGAAGGCCGGCUCCGACGCUGCACCGGGGUUUUACGCAUUCCCCGGUGAUACCUCUACCUACAGCUUUGCACAUCCGAAUGCGACGAGAGCCGGAACUCGAACUUCCACCCCAGCACCGGCUCUCGACCUCCUCGCUCAGAUCUCGACCUCGACCCUUCCAGGAUACUCGAAUCUCCUCUCGUCGCAACCUCUAUCCACUCAAACCCCUUCCAUCAUCUUCUGCAGAUGUCGCGAGGGAACUGGAUCGAACCAGGUCGAUGCCUCUACCUGCACGUGCUUGUCUGAGCAGGCUGGAGCGCCGGCGGUGAUGGGGUUGAUGACGACCGCCCCGCACCCUUCGGUCCAUCUCAGUCAUGCGUCCGCAUUGAGUCCUGGCCAUGGGCAGGUGCAACCGCAAUUGCAGAUGCAAACACGAACGCAAAUGACAACGCCGAGGCUCUCGAACACUCAAUCCAACCUGGUCGGAUGGAACGACAUGGGCGCUUCUACCUCUGCUACUGUCGCCAUGCCUAGUAUGAUUGAGAUGGAGUCGAGGUUCCAAGGUGGUUCAGCGCAAUCGCAAUUGCAGUCAAUCCCGUCUGUCGGAUCGACGCAGAUUACGGCCUCGCGGAUGGCCUCGGGCGUGAAUAUGGGAAUAGGACAGGGUUUGGAGCUCGUUACCGGCUCUGGCCCAGGUACAGAUUCGAAUACAAUCCCGAGCGCAGAGGUCAACGGCAUUGUUGAUGCUGCUUCUCAAGCGGAGAAGUGCUUGGAUCCGUUCCCACACGGGCUAUAUGGAGUGAAGAGUUGGAAGUCGAACGGUUCCGAUUCCCAGAGUUUGGACCAGGUUCGCAGCAUAAAGGACGCUUCGAGCGGGGUAGACGAGACAUUUCUGUUGGGUAGUGGGAAUGAGGCGAUGGUCGUGAAACAGAGCAGCUUGCAGCGAAACGAGCCGCCGCGGGACAAGGGACGAUCGAGAGCGAAUCGUUCAGUGAGCUCGAUGUCUCUCAAAGCCGACAUCGGUUGGCCCGGAGAGGACGGGUUAUCGACGCCCGUCCCGUAUUAUCAACUUGAUGAUCUCUUUCAAGAUCAACCGCACGAUUGGCAACGUCAAUUGUCCAGCCUCGAUACAGGCAAGGAUACAGGCAAGCUGAUGCCCUCGACGAGCGCAUCUACGCCGGGCUGCAACUCGGGUCAGUCUGCCAUGGCAACCCCUGCGGCCAGCUGCUCUGGUACGAGCGCAUUGUCCGGCUGGAACCAGAACCCGAACGCGUCGAUCUUGAGCCAGAAGUGGGACGACCCGGCCAUGAUCUACCAGCUGGAUAUGAUCAAGACGAGCAAGGGCAAGGGCGAGAAGGUUUCGUUCGCGGAUCUUUCCGCAGCAUACAUUCACCAACGCAGCGGUACGAUGCAGACCGCACUUGCGGGCAGUUCGGUCUCUACACCCAACCUUGCGAAUAGUGACCCGACUUUCAGCAGUUCUAUCCCUGACGUCGUGAACAGACCACCUUCUAUCUCAGCCGGUAGCACGGAAAUAGGUGACUGGGCCGGACAGAUCGACUAUGGGGUUUACGCGCCUUCGACUUCGCAAUACUCGGAACACGUGCCGACCUUGACAGAUGGGUCGUCGGUCGAAACUUCUUGGUCCUGUUCGACACCUUGGGAUGUGGGGAAUACCGAUGCGCUAGUUGCCCAGGCUGGCCCAUUGGACGCCGACUUCGAUGUAUACAGCAGCGGGCUCUUGGAUACCCGUGAGAUGGAGGAGACAGAUGACAACAAGGACAUCGUGCUGCCGAAACUCAAUGCGUCCCUAUUGCCAAUGAACGUCGGAACGCCUAUGAUGCUGUACAGAGGCGCAGACGCUAUUGACGACGCUUCCUUCUGUCCUGUACCCGCUGCCUGGGAUGCUAGCAACGCCGAUGUCGCCGCUUAUCACGAGUCAUGCAAGGCAAUGCCGAACGCUCUGCAGUCUGGGCAACCGGAAGACAAGGCGUCCAACAUCCCAGACAGCUCUCCUGCCGUUGCUGUCAACCACAACAAGCCCAGUGGAUCCGUUGCCCAAAACAACACUUCCAACAGCGAAGUCAUUCCCGGCAAAGUCCUUGAGUGCGAGAAUUGCAAGACGACCACCACGGCCCUGUGGGGCAAGGGUCCAGCCGAUGAGGUCUUGUGCAACCUUUGCAGCGUGGCCUCUCAGUUGAAAGGGAAACGACGUGAUGCCAAGUCAAAAGAGUUGCAGCGCAAGAACAAAGUUCUUCAAGAAGAAGAAUGUGGGCCUUCUGCGAACGGUGACUCUGCCCUCACUGACUCAGCUUUCGAUGGCGCCAUCUGCGAGGAUCAGCAAGAGCCGCCAGCCGGAACAGAUCCGAGCCGACAAGUCUUUUCCAGUACGUCGACACCCUCGAGCAGCAAGUUCUUGAUUACGACUGUCAAAACCGGUCGGCCUGCUCGCAUCGGUAACAGGCGCACAACCAAGCCUCCUGGUACCGGUAGACAGUCCCCCAGGGGAAUCGACAAAUCGUCGCGGAACGUUGUUCAAACCACUCCAGAGCUAGUAUCUUCCCCCACUCCAACUACGUGCGAUCAGCUCGCGCUGACGCCCACGUCAAACCCGGUGACAAAGAACUCCCCUAUCACAACUCGCACCCGAGCUAAACGUACUCUUCCGGAGGAUACGACACCUUCGAACGAACCUAUUGCGCAGCCCAAGAAACAGAGGAAGAAGAAGGCGACGAAGCCGAAAAAAUAGAAACAAGGCAUGGCCUUCAUCAACCCUUGCACCAUGCCGUCAGGCAGCAAACAAAGCCGCAGAAUAGAAUGUUAUAUGGAACCCUUACGAACAAUGACCGCUUUACGAGACCAAAAACACUUCAAUACCUUACGAUGUAUGGCCGAGUAUACGCUUUACGAUGAUAUGCGGAUCCUGACAGAUAUCGUUACUAA